AUGUCUUCCUACUUCUCGCUGCCGUCAUUCGCCAGAGCAAAGAAGAACCAGGAACAGCUUGAGAAGACAAAUCCACAGAAGCCCGUGUUGAACGACGAUGAUGAAAAAUUCUUCGAUAAGCACAUCGAGUCAGGUGAGGCAAAGGCCAAGACUGAGGAGGCGACAUCGACCGAGGUAACAGAGGGUGGCGAAGAGAAGGAAAUUCUACAGGAGGAGACCAAAGAGGCAGGCACGGAUGCCAGCCAAGUCACACUACCUGAAGAGCAGCCCGAAAAGCCUCAGACCACUACCAGCGAGCCAGCAAAGGGCGAUAAUGAUAAAUCCAACGAAGUCGCCCGAGCACCUAAAGAGGAAAUCGCCGCAGAAGACCCACCAGAGCAAGCACCUGCAGAGAAGAUCACGGCAGAAGAUCCACCAGAGCAAGCGCCUGCAGAAGAUAUCACAGCAGAAGAUCCACCAGAGCAAGCCCCAGACGAUGCGGCCGUCACAUCUGCAGCUUCCGCGGCAAAGAAGCCAAAGAAAGACAAAGGCUUCGAGCUUCCGAGCCAGGAGGAAGCUGAGGCUGCAACUCGAGGUAUCGGUACGGAUGACGCACCCAAGGACGCCAAGGCGGAAGGCGAGGCCGGCGAGAAGAGGACAUGGGCAUCCUACCUGCCAACGAUGAGCACUGCCAGCAAGAAGGACCAAGGCGAACCUCAGAAAGAUACCGAAAGCAAAUCUACCGACGAGAAGGCCGCUAGUGAGCAGACGACGGAAGGUAAAUCGCGGACAUGGACAGAGUACGCAUCCUCGACAUACUCCGCCCUUCCUUCCGUCUCGUCCAUCACACCGUCCUGGACCUCAAAGGACAAAGACAGCAAGGUCGAGCCCGUCUAUAAGGAAGACGGCACAAUCGACGAGGAGAAGACGAAGGAGAAGCAAGAACGCGAGAUGUCUGUUCUCCUCGACCAUCUCAACCUGAGUAGCAUCAACAACCGUGUCUUCGCCUUCUCCGGCGAAACUCAGAAGAUCUACGAACGAUUUGCGCAAGUGUUGAAAGAUACUAUGAAUGGUGCUCCCACAGCUUACGAGGACAUGGACAAGCUGAUGAAGGAUGCUGGGCCUCAGCUGGAGAAGCAAUUCCAGUCCAUGCCUCCUUUUGUACAGACGCUCGUCAAGUCCUUGCCAGCCAAGCUGGGCACGACACUGGGUCCGGAACUCCUGGCUGCUGCUAGUGAAAAGCCCGGAGCGGACAUGAAGACGAAGAUGGCUAAGGCUAGUAAGCAGUCUUCUGGUGGCCAAGAGUUCAGUACAGCGGACGCUAGCACAAGCAAGACGAAGGAGAAGGAAGGCGAGCCAAAGAAGAAGCGCAAGAUUCCUGGUCUGAAGGGUCUGGUAAGUGAGCAAGGUGCUGUGGCUAGUAUCCUCCGCAGCGUCGUCAGUUUCCUGAAAGUGCGCUUUCCUUUCUUGGCCUCUAUGACGAAUGUGGUCAUGAGCUUGGCGGUAUUUAUCCUGAUGUUCGUGUUCUGGUACUCGCAUAAGCGUGGCAAGGAGGUCCGACUUGCUCGCGAAGCUGCGGCGCAGAAUGGAGAUGGUGCGCCGGAGAUUGUCGAGGAUGAGGAUGGUGAGCUAGAAGUCGAGGUGACGGAUGAGGAAGAAGGUGGGGAGGAAGAAGAGUCUAUCGAGAAAGAUGUCGCGGCUGCCGUAGCGGAGGCUCAGUCGACUGAAAAGCAGGAUGAUAGUGCUGAGGCUGUCGAGGAGAAGACUGAGAAGGCUGCCGAUGAGGCUGUGAAGGAUGGGCCCGUGGAGUCUGCUGCGAAGCAGGAAGAUAGCGCUGAAGCUGUGGAAGAGAAGGCUGAGAAGGCCGAGAAGACUACCGAAGAUGCUGGGAAAGAUGCGCCCGUGGAGUCUAUUGCGAAGCAGGAAGAUAGUGCUGAAGCUCUGGAAGAGAAGUCUGCAAAGACCAGCUCUGGCUAA